AUGCUGUCGGGAACGGCCCUCGUUGCCGGAAGGCGAUGCAUGGCGACGGCAGCUCGCCACCGCAGGUUGUUGUGGCUGUCGUCUUCCUCGCUCACUGGCACCCAGCACCGACACCAGCAGCAACAGCUGUCAUCCUGCCGCCUCCCAGCACACCCGCCAAGUGAUGAGUUGCGAAGGCGCCACGAGGCGGUGGCUCACAACGUGCCCCCACAAAGCAUCGUCAUCGUCCCUUCAGCACCCACAGUUCUGAUGACCAACGACAUCCCAUACAGAUUCAGACAGAACAGCAACUUCUUUUAUUUGACGGGGCUUGCACGCGAGACACCUGCGGCGUUCAUCCUCAUCACAAGCGAAGCACAGCAGAUUGAGCGCACCAUCCUCGUCACCAAGCAGCAGUCUGCGUCGGACCGGCUGUGGAACGGAGCGCGCAUGACUGCCGAGGAAGCGGCCAGCAGAUGUGGGCCAGCCGUAGAACCAGCAUACGCCGACCAGCUGGAGCAUGUGCUGGGGAGCCGGUAUGCGCGGCAGUACACGCCAGUGGUGUCGUCGACGCAGCAGCACGACGGCUCGUUCCUGACGUCCAUCUUGAAGCACGUGCCCUCUGACAAGACGCUGCCCGCUUCUCGCCCCAUCGACCGUGCGCGGCUGCUCAAGUCUGCGCAUGAGGUUGAGAUGAUGCAGGCGUCGGCGUCCAUUGCGUCACAGGGGUUCCGCGUGACGAUGGGCACGGCGCACGUGGGCCAGAACGAGCACGCCAUUGACGCGCAUUUGGAGAACGCGUUCCGCCAGCAGGGCGCCUCCAUGCACGCCUAUCCGCCCGUCGUAGCUGGCGGCUCCAACGCCCUCACGCUGCACUACGUGGAGAACAGCAUGCCCGUGGGCACAGACGACCACGACUUGGUGCUGGUGGACGCCGGGUGCGAAUAUGGGCUGUACUGCAGCGACAUUACGCGGUGCUGGCCAGUUGGCGGUCGCUUCUCCGCUGCGCAGGCCGACGUGUAUAACGCCGUGCUCCGCGUGCAGCUCAAGUGCCUCGAUGCCCUCGACACCCGCACCGUCACCAGCUUACAGGACCUGCACCACAACGUGUUUAUGCCUGCGCUUGAGGUGGAGGCGCUGCAGCUUGGCCUGCUGUCGCAUGCAAGCCCCAAGGCGGCACGCGCCACCAUCCUACGUGAUCUGUGCCCGCACGCCAUCGGCCACUACAUUGGUUUGGAUGUGCACGACACGCGCACGGUGCCGAUGGCGCAGAGCUUUGAGGACGGCAUGGUGGUGACGGUGGAGCCGGGCAUGUACGUGCCGCAGGACGCCAGGUUCCCAGAGAGGUACCGCGGCAUUGGGGUGCGCAUUGAGGACGAUGUUGCGUUGGUGAAUGGCCGUUCCACUGUUCUUUCUCGCCACUGCCCCAAGACCAUCACAGACGUGGAAGCAGCAUUGAACUCACCGAGCACAGCGAGCACAACGAGCACAACAAGCUGACGGGGCUCGUCAUGUGGUGUCGUGUCCUGCGCUUGUAUACAACUCGUGGCAAUUAAACGCAGCGUUUGGCUUGUGAAUGCGCAUCAAAACUGCGCUAUCGUCUAUAUCCAC